GAUUUGACGUAAACAUUCUUUUUACCACUGGAAUUUCUUUUCUCAUGGAAAUGUUCACAAAUUAUUUAUCACUAUGAAUAGUGUUCGUGAAACAAUACAGUUGUUAGCACAGAUAUUUAUUGAAAAUGGAACCAGUGACAUAUCAGCUGAAAUAUUCCGACAGGCCAAAUUUAAUAAGAAUGAAGCCGUACGUGUCUUAUGGAAGUUACUAUUUGAAUUGAUAUAUUUUUGUAAAUAUGGUGAGAUAGAUGAAGCAACAAUAAAAGCUCAAUUUAAACUAACUCCAGAAGAAAAAUGUGUUUAUGUGAAGCAAGAAUUACAACAUUUAGGUUACUUAUUGCCUGAUUUCGCCUGUUUGUCUAAUCAUGGUAACACUGGAAGUCGGGAACUACUCCUAGCAUUAGGAUGGUUAAUGUGUCAACAAAAUAUACUGGAGAAAUUUAUGCAGAAAUGUAGCUCACCACUAGAUGAUGACACAAGUAUAUUUUAUGAGAGUUAUUUAGAUACUGACAACAAACAUUCAGCUUUAUUCCAGUCAUCAUAUAAAAUUGAACCACAAGCAAAAAUACAGAAAUUAUUAAUGUUAAAUGGCAAAUUACAGUUAAACCUUAGAAGAAUGUACGCUUUACAGAUACAAGAUGCUAAUCUAAGUCACAAGAUUCAUACGUGUACAAAUGGUGUUACUUUAUCAACAUAUAGAAAUCAUCUAACUCCAUUUGAAGUCCGGUUAUUAAGAUAUCCCAACCAUUUGAAAAAGAUGUUGGAAUUAUUAGAAAAAGAUAAUUACAGACUUCAGAAUUUAUUAUUAUGGAAAGAGAAAGAACAUAUAUUUUGGAGUUGGAUGGAGAGUGUUUUAGAGUUAAAAGUAAGUGAGAAAUCAGAAGAUACUGUGACUUAUUGUAAUACUGUACCAGUAUAUCUUGAUAUACCACCUAAUAUAGACCAUGAAAUAUCUACCAGUAGAAAACAUCUAGUUGAAAUAAUUCUACAGUAUGAAGACAUUAUAGAUCAGCUAGAAAUAUUGUGGACCAAAAAGCAUGAAGACAUCAGCGAACAAGAUUUGGAUAAUCUUCUAACAUCAAUCAAUAUGGAGAUUGCUUUUCAGAGGGCAAAUCUAUCAUUGUCAUCAAAACGAAAUAUUGUAGAGCCUAAAAAACAUCCUCAAUUUAUUCUUAAAGACCAGAGUAAGAAAUCAGUCCGUCCUUCAAAACAUUUAGCUCCGGCUUUUCUGGGAGGUCAAGGUGAUUGUCCAGGAGUAGAUAUUAAUAUUGCUAUUAAAGAUAUAGAGAAACGAAUAGAAGAUUUAGAACAUGAUCUGCUAGUUGAUCAAGGAAUAUGUAAGACAGACAUGGAAAAAAUGUCUACAUCAGUUCCAAAUUGUAUUUUCAUUCCACCAUUAGCUUUGAAAGGAAGAUUUUAGAUAUGUUAUAUAUGUUUAUAUUUGUUAUUGUUAUUUUUUGUUAUCAAGUCAAUUUCAAUGUUGUUAUUUAAGUUAUGCAAAAUCUACUUAAUAUCUGCUCAAUUUAUACUUUAAAAUAUUAUGAUGGCUCAAUUUUUUUAAAGAUGGACUGUCGAAAAACAAAGAUAAAUAUAUUUCAUGAAUAUUCAGCUUAUUAUUGCAAAACACUGUAGCCUUCUGAUGGCAAAAAUUUAUUGCAAGAAUUUUUUAAAAAAGGAAAUCUUUGAUGGAAUUUUGUUUUGUUAUGUAGAAUAUUGAUAUCUUGGAUGAGUUUGAAUUAGACAAUAUUUCGAAGGUCUUUGUUCAAAUGCCUCAAACAAACUUGCCAGUGUGAUAAAAGCUAUAGUCCUGAGAGGGAAUAUUUUCUUAUAGUCUUGUGUUGUAAUAGAAUUCUAGUCAUUUUAGUAAUCUCAUCCUUUGAUAAAACAGUAGUAUGUGGACAAAUAGUAAACCUAUCACAUGUAUUUAUGUAUAAGAAAGUCACAAACUGCAAUUUGCACAUUUUAUUAUUUUUAUUGGUUAUCAUAGCUAGAAAUCUUAAAAUUUAUUUGUUUUGUCAUUGAUGAAGAUGAAGUAGGUAUGCAGAUUUUUUUUUAUGAAUAAUUUAUUCAACUAUUUAGGAUAUAUUCAGAGAAAAAAAUUCUUAAUAUCAGAAUCUAAAGAAAGACAUAUUUUUAAAUGGUUGUCCAAAGAUAAAAUGGUAUAGCAAGUCAGAAUAUGUGUAUGUAGUUCUUAGACAGAAAUGAAAGGACAUGACUUACAUUAUGUACUAAGAUCCAGCUUAAAUCUGGUCAUCUACUCUACUUGUUUCAGUGUCAUAUAUAUCAAAUUCCCUCCAAAUAUAAAGUCACAUUGUUGUUAAGGUUAAGAUCAAAUAUUUUAUUGUUUACAGUUAUUUAAAUUGUUAUAUUUUCAAUAAAGUUAUUUUUAUGAUUUAA